AUGUUCUUCUGCAAGGGCUUCCUGGUGCUGCGAGGAGCCGGGAAUAUCAUCAGACCCUACGCCUUCAUCAAGAUGCAGAUCUUCGUCAAGACCCUCACGGGUAAGACUAUCACCCUCGAGGUUGAGUCCUCGGACACCAUUGACAAUGUCAAGUCCAAGAUCCAGGACAAGGAGGGUAUCCCCCCUGACCAGCAGCGCCUGAUCUUCGCCGGCAAGCAGCUCGAGGACGGCCGUACUCUUUCGGACUACAACAUCCAGAAGGAGUCGACCCUUCACCUCGUCCUCCGCCUGCGUGGUGGUGGUAAGAAGCGCAAGAAGAAGGUCUACACCACCCCCAAGAAGAUCAAGCACAAGCACAAGAAGACCAAGCUCGCCAUCCUCAAGUACUACAAGGUUGACGGUGACGGCAAGAUCGAGCGUCUCCGCCGCGAGUGCCCCGCCCCCGAGUGUGGUGCCGGUGUCUUCAUGGCUGCCAUGCACAACCGCCAGUACUGCGGCAAGUGCCACCUCACCUACGUCUUCGACGAGGCCAAAUAA